UCGAGGUUGGUGCCUGUCACGACCGAAAAUUGUAGACCGCCCAAUAUUGACUUCAUCCGUGAUCAUCAGGAAAUUCUCACUCCCAGGUAUUGCUGACACCUCGUUUCCAAAACGCUGCCAUUUCCCACCUGUUUUUGUUUGCGCUGCGUUGUGUCCCAACACUGGAGAUUUGAGUGCAGUGCACAAAAUUGUUGGCGUAGGCAGGAACCUGGCCAUCUUGAAAAGAUAUGUCGUGCGGGAUCAAACGUCAACAGAAUAGUGUUUAUCUCCCGACACAUGCGGUGUAGAAUUUUUAAUCAGGGUUAAAUCUCGUUUCGGUGCUGCUGGAAACGCUGACAUAUUGCUCAGUGAGAAAAUUCAGUGAUUUUUAAUAAUGAAUCGUGGGGACGGGCUUGUUCAACGACGUAGGGUAGUGAACAGCAGUAGUGGCAGUGGUUUCGAUCAGGAUGGUUCCAACGAUGCUGGAGGACAUCCUGACUUGCUGUCAGGUCAUGGAAGUGAAGCCGACAGUUCCUCGCAAAAGGACCUUAAUUCUAACCCCACUGUCGACGAGGAUUCCGAUAAGGAAACUAGAUUGACUCUCAUGGAGGAGGUUCUGCUGCUAGGGCUCAAAGAUAAGGAGGGCUACACAUCGUUCUGGAAUGACUGUAUAAGUUCAGGACUUCGUGGCUGCAUCUUAGCAGAACUGGGACUUCGGGGUCGAGUGGAGCUCGAAAAAGCUCAAUUGCGGAAAAGGGGAUUGUUGUCCCGGAAACUAAUAUUAAAAAGCAGUGCACCUACUGGUGAUGUUUUACUGGAUGAAGCUUUAAAGCACAUAAGAGAAACUGAUCCUCCAGAAACUGUACAGAGCUGGAUCGAAUACUUGAGUGGCGAAACUUGGAAUCCUCUGAAGUUGAAAUAUCAAUUGAAGAACGUAAGGGAAAGGCUAGCAAAAAAUCUGGUUGAAAAAGGAGUUCUCACUACUGAAAAACAAAAUUUCCUUCUUUUCGAUAUGACAACUCACCCACUCACAGAUAAUCUCGCUAAGACGAGACUCGUUAAAAAGAUUCAAGAAGCAGUCCUGAGUCGUUGGGUCAACGACGCCGCUCGAAUGGAUCGGCGAAUAUUGCCGCUAAUUGUUUUAGCUCACGCAGCUGAUGUACUUGAAAAUGCUUUUGCUCCUCUCUCGGACGACGAUUACGAAUUAGCGAUGCGACGAGUACGAUGGCUUUUGGAUCUUGACUUUGAAGCAGAGGCUGCAAAACCUAAUGCCAAUCCUAUGCUUUGGGCUGUGUUUGCUGCCUUCACAAAGUAACACCCGAUUUUCACCCUAGGAAUACGCAGAUUAAGUAAUGUAUACUAGGCUGAAAUGAAAAAUUGAAACGUCUGUUGAUGGUGUCGUUUACCACGAUUAUAAACGAUUGAGUAAUCCUGUACUCCUGUAAAGUAAUUUCAGAUUAGGCAUCCUUUAUUUCCUAAUUUAAUAUACUGUACUGAUAUUUCCCGAUGAAUCUGUGUGCAAGCUUCGAGGUAUAGUUGCCAGCCCUAUAAUUACUUAGAUUCAGAACAAAUAACAUAAAUAUUCAGGCAAAAACAAUGAAGGAUCUAGAGAAAUUCUUAGAUCUCGGGCAUUUUUACGAAUGCAAUACUUGGAAAGUAUUUUAUCACAGAUGCAAAAUCAAAAUGUUGCCUAGGAAAACUGGCAACCCUGCUCUCGAGAACCAAUCAAGCGAGUGUGAAAUUCCCCAUGUGUCUGUGCCAUGCUAAAUUUGAAUUUCGAUCAACUUUGUCGGGCUUUCCGCAGAAUUUCUUUCUUAAGAUUUUAAUAAAAGACGAAUGAAAUUUUACUAUCGGGUUUUUCUUAGUGGUAGUGAAAUAAUUCACAUCCAAGCAUUUGUGUAGACGAAAAACGUUGCUGAGAUAGGAAUCGGGUUUAAUAAUGAAACUUUUUGAAAGAACGAAAAAUCUGUUUAUUAAUCUCGGAAAUGUAAUUUUAGUAAAGAUAAUUUUUUAGAGAUAAUUCCGAGAAGUCGUUAAUAAUCUGUAUAGUGAAUACUGUAUAACUCAAAUUGACGAUGAUCUUUCUGUAAUAUAUUUGUUAAAUUAUGAAAUACACUAAGGUGAAAGAAAAUGCUGGGUAGAAGAAAUAUGCCGUUUCCUAAGGCAUUCUGUAUGAAAUAGUGUAUAUACUUCAUUUAUAUGCAACAUUUUUGUGUACUAAACACUUGUUACGAAUAUACUUUGGAUUAUUGUAAAAUAUUGUAGCUCCUUAGAUUUAUCAUAUUAAAUAGAGAUUAUUGAUUUCAUUCAAAUAGUUGUCGUCUACUUUUUAAGCGUAUCUUUUCAUGCACAAUAAAGAAAAGAUUCAUCUUCCCAAGCCUGCCAGCUAGUCACUUUUUAAAUAAAUUUUUCAAAACUUUUUUUUCUUACUUCUCCCUUUCCUUUUUAUUUUUCCACAUUUGAUAAACGUGCAAAUAAUUUCAUAUUUUUAAAUUUCAAAUUUAAGAUUUAAAAUGUACAAUUAUAAAUGAAGGGUUCAAAAUUCUUUGAAAUUAAAGUCUCGAAAAUUAAGCAAUUUUAAAAAGUAAACGUGCUUGAACUAUUACAAUUUGAAAUGCUAGAAAUUUUGAAAUUAUAAGUGCUUGAAAUCAGCUUUACAGAAAGUUUUCUGUGACUUAAGAAUCGAAAUGAUAUUAUUAGUCAUGUCUUAUGAAAGAAAAAGCAUUCCUUUUUACAGUAGUCCAAAUUCAACCAUUUUGCAAAAGUGGAUAAGAAGCUAUAGAAAGAAGAAAUACAAUUGCAAAAAACAUUUUUAGAGUAAAGGGUCUUUCUAAGUUAUCACAUUUUUUAUUAAAAAUCUUGUCUUUUUUUUCAUGAUAUCAGUAAUAUUAUUUGGAUUCUUAAAAUCAUAUCAGUUAAAUUCUGGUAUUAAUUGAAAUAAAAAUACUUGCUGGUUAGGCAUUCAUCGAAAUUGUAGUGUACUUAUCAAAUUCCAGUAGCUAUUUUUUAAUUAUUUUCAUCUUAUACUCGGUUUUUUUCAUCAUUAACUGAACUGCCACUUAGCUCUUCGGCUUCUAAGUUGAAGUGUGAUGAAUUUAAAAGAUAUUUAAAUUUAACAUGGCUUGUGUUGUAUGUAGUAUGUGUAAAAAGUGAGAAUCAGGCUUUGGGUUAGAAUUGCUAUUUCAGUCCGUCGUAAUCUUGAAUGUUAUCAUGAUUAGUUAUUUAUUGAGAAUUUUAUAACUCCAUUAUAAUUUUUUUUUAAGAUUUAAUAAUGAAAACUUUUUAUGAAUUUUAAGACUGGAUGGAUGACUAAUGUUCUUGUAAUAUAUAUUUGAAUAUAUAAGCAUAAUAAUUAAUUAAUCUUUCUACAAGAACAUAAAUUGAUAAAUAUUUUCAAAUCGUUUUUAUUUAAGACAUCAGCGUGCAUUUAAAUCAAUUUUACAUUUUUCACUUCGGUGCCUAUAUAAGUAAAAUGGUACAUCUUUGGUUUCUCAUGUAAAAUUUUACUUGUUUCUAGUCACAGUGCUUACGGAUUAAAAGCUAAUUCGAACUUUUGAUCUUAUGAAGCCUCCUUUUUUAAGUGCUCACGUUUUCGUAGGUAUAUCAUUCCGGGAUUUAUAAAAAACAAUAAUGUUAACAUUCGCGAUUUUGAUUGUUUUUAGGAUUCUGUGCGUGGGUUGUAAAGAUGAAUGCAAAAUGGGCUCAUUGGUAGUGUAAAAAGGCAUGUGGAGAUGUAGUUGAUAAAAUUGUGUACAGUGUGAGUACGAGACUAUGAAUGAGGUGAAGUCUGGGGUGUGAUCAUAGCCAAUUAAUUUUACUCGAGGUGAUAAAAGAACGAAUAUAAUCCAUUUGAAUUUGAAUCUUAUUUUACCUUCAUUUGAUACAAGUUACAGAUAAUUGUACAAAUAUUGUUUAGAACAAGAUAUGUUAGGUAUAGUAUAUUUACAAAUAAUCGUUACUUAUGAAUUAUCGUAACAUAAUCAUCAUUAUUAUUAAGCAUUGUACCAACCGAGUCUAAUAAAAUUCUGCAAAAUACAUGAUAAA